ACUCACUGCCUCCUUUGUUUAAGAAGCUGUGAAGGAAGAGGACUCAGCCUCGUUUUCAUUCUUCCUGUUAUUUUUGAACCGUUUGGCAGUUAACUCCGCACCAUGCCUGAACCCUCCAAGUCUGCUCCGGCCCCGAAGAAGGGCUCCAAGAAGGCGGUGACUAAGGCUCAGAAGAAGGACGGCAAGAAGCGAAAGCGCAGCCGCAAGGAGAGCUACUCCGUGUACGUGUACAAGGUGCUGAAGCAGGUCCACCCGGACACCGGCAUCUCGUCCAAGGCCAUGGGCAUCAUGAAUUCGUUCGUUAACGACAUCUUCGAGCGCAUCGCGGGCGAGGCGUCGCGCCUGGCGCAUUACAACAAGCGCUCGACCAUCACGUCGAGGGAGAUCCAGACGGCCGUACGCCUGCUGCUGCCCGGCGAGCUGGCCAAGCACGCCGUGUCCGAGGGCACUAAGGCCGUCACCAAGUACACCAGCUCCAAAUGAGCCAGGCCGCAGCGGAGCGAGCGAACUACAUCCAUCACUUUGUGCUUGAGAGGGAUGCUUCUGAAGUCAUCAGAACAAUUAACCUUAUCAGAGUACGCAGAAUGACAUCUACUAUGGAUUCUCCGCUUCUAGCAUCCUGACAGUCCUCGGAUACAUUUUUGUUGGAUCCAAAAUCUCGGUGGAGGGAAAUCCCUGAACAACAUCCUGACUUCUUAAGGUGGGAUGCUUAUCUCCUUAGGCUACAUCAGACUGUAGUUGUUGUUUACUUCAAGCCUAGUGUUAAAUUUUCACAGUGGCCACACCAUGGAACAUAGACCUCUACAAACCACAAACUAUGACUUUCAAUAAUUUUUCAGUUGUAAUUUGGUGGAGUUAAGAAAUAUAGAAGAAUAUAUACCAUUCAUCUGCACCGUGCCCUGCUGCUCCAGUGUCCUGGACCUCAGUCCAUCCUAUGUAGGAAGAUGAUAGCCUGCCUUAGAACUUUAAGGACACUCUCAUUCCAUACCUAUUUUCUAGAUGAACAGACUGAUGCACAGAGAAGGGGAGUAUUUUGUCUAAAUAGCUAGAGGAUCAAUGACAGAAUCAGUUUAUAAACCUCAUUAUAGUGGCCAUCAGUGUACAAAUGAUAGAUUUUGUAGUCUUUUGUUAUCGUCAAACUAAAUUCUUUCAAAACAAAUAGAGAUGACCCAUUCAUAUUUGUUUUAAUAGUGAAAAAGAUGCCAUUCUUUUUUU